AUGUCUGGACGCAUCUACCACGUCUCCGAAUGGGCUCCGACUCAGGACGCCAUCCACGACGAGCCCGCUUCCACCUCGGCCAUCCAGGAAGAUGACAUGGACGGACAUGUUAACGCCAGACCUUCCUUUCAGCAGCAACGCCGCCUUCGUAGCAUGAGUCUCUCGUUGCCCUGGCGCCGCAAAUCAUGCAUCCUCCAUCUCGACUCCGACCUUCCGAGCCACCUCGAAGAACUCUCCCUCGAGCGAUCUCGGAGCCACGGCAGCCCCAGCGACGACAAUGCCUUCAAACACGCACUUGACACACACGCGCCAGGACACGGCAGUGGAAAUGGAAAUGGAAAUGGCAACGGCAAUGGCAAUGGGAGCAUCAAGGGCAUGUUUCGUCGCGCCUCCAUUUCGCUGAAGGGCAUGGUCCACCACCACAAGAGACACUCUAUCGGCGGUGCCCAUGGACUUGGGCUCGGUCUCGACGAUGCCCAUCACCAGGCCCAGCGCCCGGGGACUUCCCACACACACUCGCCCUGGCAUCGUCUCCGUCAAGCCACGAGCUUCCGCCACAUCAAAUCCUCUCACGGUCACGAUGCCGCCCAAGGCGAUGCCCCGGCUUCCGAUCCAUUCUUCCCCUGCCUGCCGCUCCCUGGCAACGCUAACGAGCCGCCCGUCAUUCCCUUCCAUACCGGCGGAGCUGCCAAAGCCGCCGCUGCCGCGCAGAACCAGGCACUUCACAACAAGUGGCUCCGUGCCUCGUCAGACGAUUUCACCGAUCGUGAGAGCGGUAUCGGCAUCACUGUCACGGGCGGCGACUCAGAUGUCGACCUGGACGCAGAGGAUGCCAAUAUCAGCCGCAUCGACUUUGUCGCCCAGCUCCCUGUCGAGCUGGCGAUUCAGGUGCUCGCGCAUCUUGACGCAACCGCCCUCGGUACCGCGAGCAGGGUCUCCCGCGAAUGGCAGCAGAUGAUCAAGAACCAGCAUGUCUGGAGGGAGUCUUUCCUACGCGAGAAGACGGGUACCUAUGCGACCAGUCUCCCCGUCCAGCCAGGAACCGGCCAGGGUGUGCCCCCGAUCAACCCCGACGUCAACUGGAAGCACAUCUACAAGGCCAAGGACGAGCUCGACCGGCGAUGGCGGGAGGGCAAGGCAAAGCCCGUAUACCUGAACGGCCACUUGGACAGUAUUUACUGCCUGCAAUUUGACGAGACCAAGAUCAUCACUGGCUCCCGCGACAAGACGAUCCGGGUCUGGGACAUGCGGACCUUUGGAUGCCGCCUGGUCAUUGGACCGCCCGAGGUUGUCAACGACGUCUCCCUUCUGCUCGACGAGGACGGCAACACAGUUCACUAUGCCACCCUUCCCGACAACCAACGAGCAAACCCGUCGAUGCCCGCAAUGGUUUCGUUCCCCACACACCACAAGGCCUCGAUUCUUUGCUUGCAGUACGACGACCGCAUGCUCGUGACGGGCUCGUCCGACUCGAGCUGCAUCGUGUACAAUGUCCGCUCGGGCUACAGACCGAUCCGCCGUCUCCAGCACCACACCGCCGCCGUGCUGGACCUCGCGUUUGACGAGAAGCACAUCAUCACCUGCAGCAAGGACGUCAGCAUCUGCGUCUGGGACCGCGCCACGGGCACUCUGCUCCGUCAGCUGCGUGGGCACUCGGGCCCUGUCAACGCUGUCCAGAUGCGCGGGAACACCAUAGUGUCGUGCUCCGGCGACUUCCGCGUCAAGCUCUGGAACAUCGACACGGGCAAGAACAUCAGGGAGUUCCAGGGCCACACCAAAGGCCUGGCGUGCUCCCAGUUUUCAGAAGACGGCCGUUACGUCGCUUCGGCCGGCAACGACAAGGUCAUUCGCAUCUGGGACGCCAACACGGGCGAGUGCCUACGCGAGAUGAAGGCCCAUGACAACCUUGUGCGCAGCCUGCACAUCGACUCGGUCAGCGGCCGUCUUGUUAGCGGCAGUUACGACACAGACAUCAAGGUGUUUGACAUGGAGACGGGUCGGCAACUGCUCGACUUCCCGCGAUGGCAUGCUAGCUGGGUGCUCAGCGCGAAGAGUGACUACCGGCGGAUCGUCAGCACAGGUCAAGAUCCCAAGAUCCUCAUCAUGGACUUUGGCGCCGACGUGCCGGGCAUCGAGGCCCUGGAGAGCGGCGGUGUCUGUGAGAUCGAGGGCGGAUACAUCUGA